GUCGGCGCUUCUCCCUGCGUGAUCUCUUCCGCUUGGCCCUGUUUCAAACCCGGAGCUUCAGGUCGCAGAACAAUGAGUAACGAUAAAGGCAAGGCGUAUUGGGAUGUAAGCACUACUGGUGUUUUUCUCAAAAUAUGCAUGGACCAAGUUUUUAACAAACAUCGUCAAGGAUCCUCUUUUACAAAGCUAGGCUGGGACAACAUUCAUAAAACAUUCAAUGAAAAGACAGGGAGAGGAUAUGAGAAGAAACAGCUGAAAAAUAGAUUGGAUAACUUGAGGAAAGAGUGGAAGCUAUUUGAGCAGCUAAUUGGAAAGGAGACCGGCAUAGGGUGGGACCCUGAAAGGAACACAGUGGUGGCAUCUGAUGAGUGGUGGGAGAGAAAGAAGCUGGAAAAUCCAGCAUACGAAAAGUUUAGGCAGCAUGGGUUAAAAUUUCGGACUGAAUUAGAAACUCUAUUCAGGGGCACUAUGGCAUCAGGACAAGAUAUGUGGUCACCUUCUUCAACCCAGCCUGAGCCACAGCCUGCGCCACAGCCUGAGCCACAUAGGACUGAUCAGUCAAAUGAUUACCGACCAACCAUGGAUUGGGAAGAAGGUUCAGGGGACAGUGAAGAUGGCCUUUUAGGUGUUGACACUGAACGCCCUGCAGGAGUUUCGGACGAUUUGGACGGCAUCAAUUUAACUGCAAACACAUCAAACACUACACCCAGUAUACGUAUUGGUUCAGGGAGCCAAGGGAAGAGGAAGAGAGGUGGAGGGUUGGAUAAGUACAAGAAACAAAAAAUGCCAGCGACAAGAAGAAUAGCAGAUUCAGUAAGCUCAAUUGAGAAGGCUUCAAUUAGUACAGCAGCAGCAGUAAACAAAUUGGUCAACAGUGAUAACACUACCGAGCUUACCUCUGAUCUGCUGAGUAUGAAGGAAAUUGUUAGUGACACUCAUCUUUGUGUCAUGUGUUGUAAUCUGCUGGCAAACAAGACUUUCAGGGACAUAUAUGCUGGUCUGAGAGAAAAUCGGGAGGUAUUAGUGGCUUGGUUGAAGCACAAUGCUGCAAAUCCACCGCCAUAUGCUGCACCAAAGAAUCCUUGA